GUUUUUGUUUACAGCGGCCAUUCUCAACUCUUCGUGCAAAUAUCUUAAUCCCCUCUCACACUUUGUUAUCCUGAUCACAACAUUUCCAUCCUAUUGGAGAUCAUAGGUACCCUCUUCCUACCAUCUGAGCUUUCUGGCCACCAAGAUGAUGUUCCCUCUGGUGGUUUACAUCAUCCUCUCAUCUUUGCUUUCGAUCACCACCUGCCUUCAUCUCGAACCCCACAACGUUGACAGCCAACUGCUUCCCUCAUACGACUAUAUAAUUGUUGGUGGAGGCACUUCGGGCCUUGUAGUCGCCAAUCGGCUGACUGAAGACCGGAAUGUUACCGUAUUGGUCCUUGAGGCAGGAGAGCUGGAUACUUCUGACAAUAUUGUCACCAUACCUGGACUGGUAGGGCGAGAUCUCUCGACGAUAUACGACUGGAACUUGACCACCACGCCGCAGUCCUUCCUCGACAACGAGACCCGCCCAUACAAUGCAGGGCGCGUGGUUGGCGGGAGCAGCAUUCUAAACGGCAUGGUCUGGACAAGGGGCUCGGCGGCGGAUUACGACGCAUGGGAAGCCCUUGGAAAUCCCGGCUGGGGCUGGGAGGGCUUGCUCCCCUAUUUCAAAAAGAGCGAGAGAUUCACCUCGGAUGUCGAAGCAACGACAAGUCGGGCUCUACAUAUCUAUCCGGACAUGUCAGUACAUGGCACCCAAGGCCCCGUGCAGGUCGGCUAUCCGCGAUUCUUCUACGAGCAAUCAAAGAACUUCCUUCGGGGCCUCGCCGAGCUUGGCAUUCCAAUCUUAUACGAUCCCAACAGGGGCAUUGGGAUGGGUGCCAUGAUCGUUCCGUCGAGCAUGACGCCCACGAAUCAGUCAAGAUCUGAUAGCAGGACUUCGUAUCUCGACGGAGUCAUCGAUCGCCCAAAUCUGCAUCUCGCCACGGAACAGACUGUCACCCGCAUCUUAAUUGGCAAGAGGGACGACCCGUUUGCUCUCCCGCCGCUCAGGCAGUUAAAGCGCGCACUUGGAGUAGAGUUUGCCUCGGCGUCCAAGAACGUCGUGCGUAACAUAUCAUGUUCCAGGGAAGUCAUCCUCGCUGCCGGGGCAAUCAGGUCUCCCGUCCUUCUCCAGGUCUCGGGCAUCGGUCCUGCCCCGAUUAUCUCGUCGAUCAACGUUCCCCUACAGAUUGACCUCCCGGGAGUUGGUUAUAAUCUCCAGGAUCAUGGCAUGGUUGGGGCGUUUUACAACUACAGCAGCCCCGACAUAUUCACCGCAAACGACAUAACCGGCGACGUCCUCCACGACACAGAAGCCCUCUACUUCAACAACAAAACCGGCCCCUGGACAGCCCCUCUAAUCUCCACAGCCGCCUUCCUGCCCCUCCGCGCCCUCACACCGGGCUGGUCCGCCCUCCUCGACGCCGCCACCCCCGCGCCACCGACCCAGCAGCAGCAGCAGCACCCGGCCCUCGCGCGCGGCCACGCCCUCCAGCGGCAGAUCACGCUGGCGCAGCUCCGCCGCCCCGACGCCGCCGCCGCGGAGCUGAUGGCCGACAGCGCCGGCACGCUGACGGCGUCGGUGCUGCGGCCGCUCAGCAGGGGUCACGUGCGCGCCGCCCUUGUCGCCGCCGGUGAGGUCGAAGUGGAGGUGGAGGUGGACCCGCGGUACUGCGCCGACGCGGCCGACUGCGCCGUCAUGGUGGCGGCGCUGCGCUUCGGCGGCCGCGUCGCGUCCACGGCCGCGGUGCGCGAGCUGGAGCCCCGGCCGCGGUGGCCGUGGGUGCCGCCGGAGACGGAGACGGAGACGGAGACGGAGACGGAGGAGCAGGCCGAGGCGCGCCUCCUGUCGGCGGCCCAGGUCGGGCUGCGCACGGGGUUCCACCCCUGCGGCACGACGGCCAUGAUGCCGCCGGACCUGGGCGGCGUCGUGGGGCCGGACCUGCGCGUGCACGGGGCCGCGAACCUGCGCGUCGUCGACGCGGGCGUCAUGCCGCUCAUCCCGGCGGCGCACCUGCAGGCUGCGGUUUAUGCUGUUGCUGAGAAGGCUGCAGACUUGAUCAAGCAGACAUAUGACCUCGACGGAGGCGAUGCAGCCGGGCCCGAAGGGUUCCCACCACUACCCGGCGCUGGCGGUAUGCCCGGUUGUCGUUUGCGCGAGUGCUCUAAGCAUGGACCGCAUUAA